AUGGCAGACUCAGGCUCACGAAACGGCCCUUCGAUCCCAGAAUGGCAAAAAACCUACACAUCCGCCCGGGAACAGACUGCCUCCACCAAUGAUCCAUCUGCCCCCGACACUUCCCCAGAUCUUCCUUCCUUGGAGCAGGCCAAGCGCUUACCGGAAGACGCUUCAAACCGUGAUGCAUCGAAAGGGCGUGAGGUUGCACCCUCAGAAAGGAAGGAUGUUCCGUUGGAAUAUAUAGGGAAAGCGCUCGACACCGAGCCCGAAUCGCAACCGGCAGAAAUGAACACCAUCCAUGACAGCAGCCAAACAACGAGUACGAGAGAACAAGAACUCCAAUCGACUCCAUCCUUGCCCUCCGCGCCAGUCCCUUCACAACCAGCAGUCAGUUCGAAGCGAGAUAUUCCUCCUAUUAUCACCUAUCCCGAGUUUCUGCUCAAACCUCAAAAGCCCCCACCACUUGUCACUCUUGAUCGUCUUAGAAACGCUGCAUAUGUGCUAGCAGGAAUAUCAGCCUUGACAUACGGCGCAAGCAAGUAUCUCGUCGAACCAAUGCUGCAAACUCUCACUGAGGCGCGCCACGAACUUGCUGAGGGAACUCAAGAGGACCUUGAGAAACUCAACAGCAAACUCGAAUCUGUUGUCUCGCAUGUCCCUUACAUUGCUAGUAGCGCCGCUUUACAACGACAGAAGGAGCAAGGAAAUGAUGAUGAUCUCGAAUCUAUUGAUUCUGAUCCAACCGAGCUCUUUCACCGGGACAUCGCAACUCAAACCUCUCCAAAGCGAUCACGCUCCAAUUCCUCCUCGAACUUCUCCCCAGACAAAUCUGCGUCUGACCCAACCGCACAACAAACAACACGCUUAAAGAAUUUGCACGCAGACCUCUCCUCCCUCCUCUCAUCCACCAACACACACUUCUCCCAAGACCGACUAAAGGAGCGCGUGACCGAGUUUCAGGGUGUGCUUAACAAGAUGGACUCGAGCUUCAACCCUUUCACCGUCGACUAUACCUUGAACUAUCCGGACGACUCGCUAAAGAAUAAACAAUCAAACACCAAAGAUAACGAAAUCGCCAAAUUCAAGGCCGAAAUCAGGUCGCUAAAAGGCGCCUUCCUGAGUUCCAGGAACUUUCCUACAGCCAGGGCUCCUACACCGUUCGCGUUGCCCACAAAAUGA